AUGGAUAAAAGUUGGAUGAAGAAGCAGAGGGGUUCAAGGGAAUAUAUUGAAGGUGUACUUAAAUUUGUGGAAUUUGCAUCAAAACAUGCAAGCGAUGGGAAAAUCUUUUGUCCUUGUACCAAAUGUGUGAAUAUGAAUUUGGUACUGCCAGGGGUGGCACGUGAACAUCUUUGGAGUAAGGGGAUGCUUCAAAAUUACACACUUUGGAAAUGGCAUGGGGAAUCGGCGGCUGUGCCAACUGCCACUGAAUGUGGGAGUAGUCAUGUCCAAGAGUCCUUAGAACAAUACGGUGACUUUCGUGGGAUGUUGCAUGAUUUGUGCCCCACGCAUGGAAUGCCACCUGAACCAAUGGACGAAGGGGAAACUGUGCAACAACCGGCUCAAGGUCCAAAUGAUGGUGCACAAAAGUUUUACAAAAUGAUAGAUGAUGUGAACAAACCUUUAUAUGCUGGGUGUACAAAAUUUAGCAUAUUCUCAGCCAUCGUUGUGUUGUUCCAGUUGAAGACUCUUUGUGGUUGGACGAACAAGUCAUUUACUAUGUUGCUUCAACUCUUGAUGGAUAUGCUCCCUUCUGACGCUAAGUUGCCAAAGGACCAUUAUGAGGCUAAGAAAAUAGUUCGAGAUUUGGGUUUGGGGUAUGAGAAGAUCCAUGCUUGUCCCAAUGAUUGUAUGCUAUUUUGGAAGGAGAAUGUUAACCUCGAGGCAUGUCCUUGUUGCAAAGAAAGUAGGUGGAAACCGAAUGAGGCAUCUGUUACAAAUAAUAAUGCCUCAUCUAGUAAGGGAAAGAAGAAAGCUGCAAAGAUCCUACGCUGGUUUCCCUUAAAGCCAAGAUUGCAGCGAUUAUUUUUGUCACCCGACUUGGCUAGUUCUAUGAAAUGGCAUGCUAAUGGUCGUACAGAGGACGGGGUAAUGCGGCAUCCUGCUGACUCGGAUGCAUGGAAAAUGUUUGACACUACGCAUUUACAGUUCUCGUUUGAGCCUCGUAAUGUCAGACUUGGAUUAGCUGCGGAUGGAUUCAACCCCUUCGGAAUGCUGAGUACUACUCACAGCACUUGGCCUGUCAUGCUAGUCCCUUACAAUCUCCCGCCUUGGUUGUGCAUGAAACGGUCAUCUUUGAUUUUAUCACUAGUUAUUCCUGGACCUAAAUCUCCAGGGAUUGCAAUAGAUGUGUACUUGCAACCCUUAGUAGAAGAAUUGAGGGAAUUAUGGGAUGUUGGAGUAGAAGCGUACGAUGCAUCUUCAAAAAAUGUAUUCCAAUUGCAUGCAGCAUUGAUGUGGACGGUACAUGACUUUCCUGCAUACGCAGAUGUGUCGGGUUGGAGUACGAAGGGUAAGUUUGCGUGUCCUUGUUGUGCCUCAGAGACCGACUCCAAAUAUUUAAAAAAUGGCCGCAAAUUCUGUUACAUGGGACAUAGGCGAUGGUUGGGUAGUGACCACGAAUUUCGGAAAGAAGAUACUUUAUUUGAUGGAUUCACUGAUAUGCGAGUGGCUCCUGUGCCACCAGUUGCGUCAGACAUAAUUGUGGACACUGAAACUUUACUUACACGUUGUCUGGGAAAGAAAUGUCGAGAAAAAUACAAUAAAAGAAAGAGAGGUGAGGCAAACCAGUAUGUUUGGAAGAAGAGAAGUAUUUUUUUCACAUUGCCUUAUUGGAAGGAUCACAAGUUGCGACACAAUCUUGAUGUGAUGCAUAUAGAGAAGAAUGUGAUGGACAAUAUACUUGGCACUUUGCUGAACGUGAAGGACUGGACAAAGGACAAUUACAAGGCACGCCUUGACUUGGCGGAAAUGGGAAUAAGGAGAGAACUCCACCUACAGCGAAAAAGUGAUGAUAAGUAUAUGAUACCGCCUGCGUGUUUUCAUAUGACUACAUUGGAGAAAGAUGGUUUCUUGCAAGUUUUGCGAGACGUAAAAGUGCCCGAUGGAUAUGCUUCCAACAUCUCCCGCCGUGUCAACCUCAAAGAACGUAAGAUUUCUGGUUUAAAGAGUCACGAUAAUCACAUCCUGAUGCAACAACUCCUUCCAAUUGCUUUACGAGGAUCUUUGCCAUCGCAUGUUAUUAGGCCUUUGAUAAAGUUAGCUUGUUUCUUUAGGAAAAUUUGUUCGAAAACCCUUACGGUGUUUGAUAUUGCGAGUGCUGAGGCUGACAUUGCAGUGACGUUGUGUGAAUUGGAAAAUAUAUUUCCUCCAUCUUUCUUCACUGUGAUGGUACAUUUGGUCAUGCACUUGGCUACUGAAGCCAAGAUUGGUGGUCCAGUUCAGUACCGUUGGAUGUACCCCAUUGAGAGGUACCUCUCACGCCUUAAGUCUUAUGUAAGAAACAGGGCUGCUCCAGAAGGGUGUAUUGCAGAAGGCUACAUAGUGGAGGAAUGUUUAACGUUUUGUUCACGGUAUAUGGAAGGAGUCGAAACUAUAUUCUCACGACCCACAAGGACGAUGGAGGAGUCAACAGGGGUGGUUUCAAGUGUGGCACUAGAAAGUAGGGAAUUGACCCAAGCUCAUCGCUAUGUGCUAUUCAAUUCCGAGAACAUUUACCAGUUUCGUGAGAUGCACAAAAGUUUGACGAAGGAUGAACUUCAAAAGGGCCAUUGUCGUAUAUCCAAUGCUACUAUUCAUAAGCACCACAUGGAGAACUUUUGUGGCUGGUUUAGAUCUCACGUGAUGUCAAUGACUGCUGCUGAUAGGGAAAGAAGUGGACUUAGUGAUACACUUGUCACGCUUUCGAAAGGGCCAUAUACUUCAGUAAAUCGGCUGAAACAUUAUGUCAUAAAUGGGUUAAAAUUUAGGAGUUCGAAUGUCGAGGGAAAUAGAAAAACGCAAAAUAGUGGAGUUAGUGUUGCCACUGAAGGUGGCAAUAUGUACUAUGGUGUGUUGACAGAUAUCAUUGAGUUGAAUUAUUCUGGCAAUAUCAAACAUGUGUUAUUCAAGUGUAAAUGGGUUGAUGAUCAAAAUAGGAGGGGAUAUAAGACUGAUGAGUUUGGGUUUCCUAUGGUGAAUUUUAAUCAUUCCGUACAUGGUGGGGAGGAAAUGGUGCAUGAACCAUAUGUGUUGGCGUCUCAAGCUACACAAGUUUUUUAUGUUGAAGAUAAAAGGCAGAAAGAUUGGUAUGUUGUCGUUAAAACGAAAGCCAGAGAUGUAUUUGAUGCAGGUAUUGGGCCCCAUUGUAAUGAGGAUGACACGGAUGAGUUUCUUGAGAACAUCCCGUACUCUGUCACUAGUCCUGAUGUUGGUAGGGAUGACCUUCGUUGGGGUCGAGAUGAUGUGGAGGGAAUGACAAUUGAUGCCUCUAUCAUUGGCCCAAGAGAUCUUCCUGAAAUGGACGACUUGGAUGAGUGUGAGUUCAUUGAUGAUGACUCCAACGAUGAAGAUGACAACGAAGUCGAUUACAGUGAUGAUGAGUAG